AUGGCCGAAUCACUUCCUACCACUUUCUCUGACCCCGUCCACAUUGCCGUAAUCGGCGGUACCGGUCUCCAAUCCCUCGAAGGUUUCGUCCCAAUCGCAACCCUCAACCCACUCACCCCCUGGGGCUACCCCUCCUCCCCCAUCCACAUCCUCUCCCACAACUCUACCCCCGUCGCCUUCCUCUCUCGCCAUGGUACUCACCACGAGCUUGCCCCUCACGAAAUCCCCAACCGCGCCAACAUCGCUGCUCUCCGCAGCAUCGGCGUCCGAACCAUCAUCGCAUUUAGUGCCGUGGGCUCUCUGCGCGAGGAAAUCAAACCCCGUGAUUUCGUAGUGCCAGAUCAGGUCAUUGAUAGAACAAAGGGAGUGCGUCCUUUUACCUUCUUUGAGAAGGGUGUUGUGGGACAUGUAGGCUUUGCAGAUCCGUUCGAUGAGAAGAUCGCAAAGGUAGUGAGGGAAUGUGGACAUGCACUUGAGGGAGAGGGAAUUGUUUUGCAUGACAAAGGAACGAUUGUUUGUAUGGAAGGACCGGCCUUCUCCACCCGUGCUGAAUCGCACAUGUACCGUUCCUGGGGCGGAUCCGUCAUCAACAUGUCCGCGCUUCCCGAAGCCAAGCUCGCGCGCGAAGCUGAAAUGGUCUACCAAAUGAUCUGUAUGGCAACCGACUAUGACUGCUGGCACAGCACAGCCGAUGUGGAUGUAGAAAUGGUCAUGGGACACAUGCAUGCCAAUGGACAGAAUGCGAAACGAUUGGUUGGGGCGGUGCUCGACGCGUUGAGCAAGCAGGAACAUAGUGAGAUGGUUUUGGCGAAACACUGGGAAGGAAACACGACGGGCAUGAUUAGAUUUAUGACGAAGGAACAGGGAAGGGGGGAGGAGGGAAAGAAGAACGUGGAGUACUUGUUCCCGGGGGUGUGGGAUGCUUAG